AUGACUUAUUAAUUUCUCUCCGGUAAAACUCCACCACCUUAGAGGUAGCAGGAACUUAUUCAAUGAUUUAUGUAUUAACUUUUCAGCGUUAUUCAUCUCCGAACCGGAGUAAGGGCGACCUGACUUCAGCAGAGAAGGAAAUGUUACCUGUUACUUCCAAUCAACUUUUACUUUUAACAUCUCAGCACCAAAGCAUUCCACACCGUUCUUUUUUUGUCUCCUCUUCCUGGUUCAAAGGUCAUACAAGUUCACGCGACAUAGCUGUCCAGGACAAUGUGUAACCUAUGCCAUUCUUAACUAAUGUCCAUGACAAGUAUGCUAGCAGGUAUUCCGAGUGUUUAGCAAGAAAUUAGCACGAAUAAAACCUAAUUUCGAGAUUAUUUAGUUUGUCUACUAAAUAUUUUAAAUAUAUUGGGUAGGAGGUGAAAUACUAAUUCAAGCAAAACGGUACAAGUCUUCAUAAAUUGUUUAACCUACCAUUGCGGUACUUGUGCAAUGCAUGCUGGGAAAUGUGGUUCUUCUAAACCACUUGGUAACCGUUGCUAACAACUCAAGUUGCUGCUCAAGUCCUACGGAGAGACGAGAUUGUACUUUCUGUGCGAGCGCAGUGUAAACAUGCCCAAGGGAAAAUUAUCCAAAAGUGCCCGUUCAGAUAGCAGUGAUGUAGAUAUUGAUGGGACAGAAUUAGAAAAAGCAAAGCUGUUGAGACAGUACAGAAUCAUGGAUGGAGACCGCCAGGCCUACAGCAUUCAGACCCGACAGCAGAUGCAUAAACAACUACAAGAGAUAGAGAACCUGAGGGCGGAGCAGGAGGAGCUGCAACAUAAACUGGGUGCUUGUAAGAGCUUGUCCCGUCAAAAGAAAGACAAGAAGGAUGCAGCAUGCCUUCAUGCACUGAUGGAGCAGAAAGACUCGCUGGAAGUGGAAUUGGAGAAAGAAGUACAGCAGCAAAAAGAGAUAGAGAAAGAGAUCUCAAGCAUGGAGAUGAAGCUGAAAGAGCUGAGAAAAGGAGAGGCCAGCACAAGUGACACUCAAAGGUCUGCAGCGAGGCGAAAUCAGAGGGCUAUAAGAACUAUGGAAAACAAACUAGAAGGCGCCUUGACCCGAUUCAACGAACAGUUGACAAAGAACAGCCACCUCAGAGAGGAGCUGCAGACCCUUCACAUUGAGCGAGUGCGAUUCCAGCGGCUUCACGACAGGCUGGUCCAGGAGAUCCAAGAGGUCCGAAAGACAAUUGGGGAAGCAAUCACUGUGUCUACUGCAGCCCACGAUGCAAGGGUGGAGGCUCAGUCCAAGUUGGCGAUGAUGAGAGAGAAAGCUGACAAGGAGGUUUCCCACUAUAACACUGAAAUGAGGGAACUUGAAAGGGUUAUUUCCCACGAGUGUGGUCUCAAAGACUUCAUCACCACCAAAUACAGUGAGAAAAGCCAGGAUGAUGAGCAGGAGGAGGCAGGGCCUGGACAACUGUCAGGUGUAAGGGAUCAGCGGAUGACAGACCCUGCUGAGGAGUCUCAGGAUGAUUUGGAGGCCUUUUUUGAGAGGAUUCGGUCUGUGACAGGAGAGGACGACCUGGACUUGCUGGUCACGAGGUUCAUCCAGGCUGAAGACCGUAACUUUGCCCUCUUCAAUUUUGUAAAUGAGCAAAACAAUGAGGCCGAGGUGCUUCAGGACCAAAUCAGCCAGAUCCAAGAGGAGAUGGAGCGCUUUCGCCAGAGAGGUUUGCAACAGGAGGAGGAUCAUCAUGCUUUGCUGAGAGACAUCGAUGUUCAACAGAAGGAAGCCCAAGUGCAAGCUCAGGACUAUGAAAACAGAGCUGAUAUCUUAAACAAAAAUUUGAAGGAGAUUAAAACAGGAGUGAGCAACAUCUUCUCUAAAGUGGCACCCGACAUCUCGGCGAUGGAGGAUUCCAUUAGUGAUAACAACAUGAUGUCCUACUUGGGUGUAGUGGAGCAAAAGACCAACGAGCUCCUCACCAUACACGCCUUCCUCGAUAACAAGGAUGUUGGAAAGGAGUACAACCCAUCCGAUCUCCCUAAGUUCCUUUUUGGCCAAACCCCUGAGAUGCUCCAGGCGAACCUCCAACCUACAGUCCAGAGUGUGGAAUAUGACGUGGACAACCCGCCUGUCACGGAUGAGGAAGAGCGUCCACUCUCACAGGGGGAACUCCGCAGAAGAAUACUGGAAGGGGUUGUGCAAAGGGAGAAUCACAUGACGACCAAAAGCUCCAAAACGAGCCCACGUGUUGUGGCGGACACCCACUGACGCAACCUGAGCGAAUUUGUCUUGGCUUCCAGUCGCUCUACCAUGACCGCAUUGUGUGAGGCUUUCACACAGGAAAUGUGCUCUUGAGUGAUUAAGACCUGCAGCUCUCAUGGCUGCCACUUUGCUUGCCGUCCU